AUGCAGCCGCUCGGAGACUUUGUCAACUUUGAAGGAGACAAUGCGCCCGAGUUUGCCAUCCUCUCCCACACCUGGGGGAGAGACGAGGUCACCCUGCAGGAUGUUCGUGAUCCGCAGACGGACAUAACAUUGAUGGCUGGGUACAGCAAGAUCAAAGGAGCCUGCAGACUCGCUCAGAGCCAUGGAUACCAGUACAUCUGGAUCGACACCUGCUGCAUCGAUAAGACGAGUAGCGCGGAGCUGUCUGAGGCCAUCAACUCCAUGUUCGGCUGGUACGAGCAGGCAAGCGUCUGCUACGCUUUCCUCUCGGACCUAAGCUACCCUACAGAUUCGGGUCCUGGGAGCAAUACACCACUGGAAGCGGCGCUGCGAGAAUGCCGAUGGUUCACCCGGGGAUGGACUCUCCAAGAGCUGAUUGCCCCGGACAACGUAGACUUUUACGACAAAGACUGGCAUCUCGUCGGCUCCAAGCUGGAUGAAGCGUUUGCACCCACACUAACUAGAGUCACGGGGAUCAACCUGGACGUAUUGAACAAGACCAUGUCUCUGGAAUCGUCGAGCGUGGCGGAACGCAUGCACUGGGCGUCGUCGAGAACCACCACCCGGAAGGAGGACAUGGCCUACUGUUUGAUGGGGAUCUUUGGAGUCAACAUGCCGUUGCUGUAUGGCGAGGGGAUGCGCGCCUUCACAAGGUUGCAAGAGGCGAUCCUCCAGGAGACUGGGGACCAUUCUGUUUUCGCGUGGCACAGCAACUACGACACCUCGACGCAGGAGGCAUCCUUUGACCGGCACAUCCUCAGUGGCCUCCUGGCUCCUUCGCCCCUCGAGUUUUCCCAUUUCGAACACCUCCGCCCCCUGCCGGCUUUCGGGACGACGGGCCAGCAGCCGAUCCAGCUCACGAACCAGGGGAUCCGGAUCUCCAUGUACCUCGAGCCCGCCGACUGGCGUGGCAAAGACAGCACGCCCGACGACUUUUAUGCCGUGCUCGACUGCGCCAUCCAGGGGGAGAACGGGGACCGCUGCCCGCGGAUCAUGCUCCGACGGCUUGCGGGAAACCAGUACGCCAGAGUCCAGACGGGGAGCGUGUGCACGACGAUCCCGGCGCCGGAUUCCACCAAGCCCGGGCGGGGGAGCUACAAGACCAUAUUUGUGAAGAGGAACCCGACGCACGUCUUGCCCGACGUGUCGGUCCUCGGGGCCGGAUGGAAAACUACCGGGAUACGGGGCGGCACGGAGGCCUACCGGGUGAUCGAAUCGUACCCGCUCGGGUCGUGGGUGCCGAGCCUGGGGGUUUUGAGGUCCCGGGACCCAUACUUUGAGCCGGUGCUGGCGGGGCUGAGGUUCGAGUCACCAACGAACCCGCGGAUCCGGGUUGACGUCGUGGUCGGGUGGAGGAGGGUGGACGGGGAGUGGAAGCUGUGGUGUCACGGGUGCGAGACGCAAGAGGACCUGGGCGUGUACGUGCUCUGGCGCGACAUGGAGUUUGCGGUGACGGGCGGGUUUGACCGGUUUGUUGAGACGGGGUUGACGGUGACGAUCAAGGUCGGGGGCGAGAACGUGCAGGGGCGGAAGAGGGGCUGUGAGCAUGAGGUUCCUAUCGAUGUGAGGCUGGUCGAGGUGGACAGGUUGGGGAGGAAAGGGGUGAGGAUUGAGUGCUGUGCGCCAUUGCAGCCGCAUAUUCCAGGGUACCAGGGAAGGGUGGUGUCUUCGCUGUUGGAUGACGAUAGCUCUAAGUCUACAGGUCUUGCGAUACAGAAGUAG